GUGGGACAUCCCGCUGUUGCUUCAUCCGAGUUGGACUGCAUCAGUUCUAUGUCCUACUUUAUAGGGUUGCUUUUAUUUUACAGGAUAAUUAGAAACGGAUGGGCUGUAUUGCAAUAAUGUAGGAGACAUUCCUUGGAAUUGUUAUCGUGCUAGUGUUUGCGGUGAUUUAAACUUAUUUUGUGUAUAUUAUGGAGUGUGGCAUCUGUGCGAAUCUUUUGUGCUGCUGCUGAACUAGACAUCCACCCACAAACACAGGCGCGAGCUCCGUCUACUCUGAAACUCGACAGACCUCAGAGAUACAAAACAUGGGCGAACAUCUCUUUUCCUGCUGGGCGCUAGUGGCUAUUAUCUACUUCAAGCAUGGAGUUUCAUUUAAUCUGGACAUUAGCAAACCCUCCGUUUUCUCUGGACCUCCAGGAAGUUAUUUUGGAUUUUCUGUGGCUUUCUUCAACCCUGACAACAAACAAUUAAACAUACUGGUGGGUGCCCCCAGAGCCAACACUUCAGAUCAGACUCCCUCAGCAGUCACAGAGAGGGGUGCUGUCUUCAGCUGUCCUUGGCAAAAAAGCGGCACAUGCACACAGAUUGAGUUUGACAGCUCUGAUGACAGGAAAAAUUCCAAAGGACAACCAAUGGAGUUUAAGUCCAAUCAAUGGUUUGGGGCUACAGUGCGUUCCUCUGGGGACCAUAUACUGGCAUGUGCUCCCCUCUACCAGUGGAGUACAUAUGGAUUAGAAGAGAGAGAGCCUGUCGGAACAUGUUACUUGAAGAAAGGCAAUAGCAUUGUGGAAUAUUCACCCUGCCGCUCUACCUCAAACUCACCUGAGGGACAAGGCUUUUGUCAAGCAGGUUUCAGUGCUGACUUUGUGAAGAAGAAUCGGGUUGUUAUUGGAGGACCCGGAAGCUUUUAUUGGCAAGGUCAGCUGAUCUCAGAUGACAUCACUGAGGUCAUCAGCAGAUACAAUAAGGAGUUUUUUUCUCCUUACAGUAACCAGUUAUCAACCAAAUCAGCUGGGGCUCAGUAUGAUGAUAGUUAUUUGGGUUACUCAGUGGCUGUUGGUGAUUUUAAUGAUGAUGGUGAAGAUGAUUACAUCACAGGAGUUCCUAGAGGGGAAAAGGCUCUCGGUUAUGUCAACAUUUUCAACGGGAAGAACAUGGAGUCUAUGUAUAAUUUCACAGGCACACAGAUGGCGGCUUACUUUGGUCAUUCUGUAGCAGCUGUUGACAUCAAUAAUGAUAAGUUGAUGGAUCUGUUGGUUGGGGCUCCUCUGUUUAUGGACCGUGGCUCAGAUGGGAAACUGAGGGAGGUUGGCCAGGUGUAUGUCUACCUCGGCAAAGGGGGCUUCUCCUUCAACAGUGUCAUCAAACUCACUGGCUCUGAGAUUUAUGCUCGAUAUGGAAGCUCCAUCAGCAGCGUGGGAGACCUCAACAUGGAUGGAUAUAAUGAUGUGGCCAUUGCUGCACCAUAUGGAGGGCAGUUCCAUCGCGGCCUUGUGUAUAUACAUAACGGGCGUCCCACAGGGCCAAAUCCUAUGGCCUCUCAAGUUCUGGAGGGGACGUGGGCAUCUGCUUCAAUGCCUUCCAGUUUUGGUUAUGCCAUGCACGGAGGCACUGAUGUGGAUCAGAAUGGAUACCCCGACCUGAUUGUAGGGGUGUUUGGAGCUGACAAAGCUGUUCUGUACAGGGCUCGUCCGGUCAUCAGUGUGAACACCACACUAGAUAUAAGCCCACAGAUCCUGAACCCUGAGGACAAGAACUGCACACUACCUGGAACAACCACUGCAGUGUCCUGCUUCAUUGUGAAAUACUGUCUGAAGGCAAGUGGCAAGGGAGCCCCAUCCUCUCUUCAUUUUCAGGUGGAUCUGACUCUGGACCGCCUCAAACACAAGGGAGCCAUCAAGCGAGUGUUGUUCCUCCACAAUAAGAUGUCUCAUUAUCCAAAGAACAUGACUGUCUCCAACAGCCAGGGACCAGCCUGCGAGGAGCUUAAGGCCUAUUUAAUAGAUGACUCAGAAUUCAGGGAUAAGAUCACACCCAUUGCAGUCUUUAUGGAGUACAGCUUGGAUUUCAAAACAGCUGCAGAUAAAACCGGCCUGUUGCCCAUCCUUGACCAGUCCACCCCUACAAAUAUGACUAAGCAGGCCCACAUAUUACUGGAUUGUGGUGAUGACAAUAUUUGCAAGCCAGACUUAAAACUGUCUGUUGUGAGUGAUCAGAAACAGAUCUACAUAGGUGAUGAUAACCCCCUGACCCUAGAGGUCACAGCAGAGAACGGAGGAGAGGGUGCAUAUGAGGCUGACCUAACCGUCACCUUACCAUCUCAGGCAGAUUUCAUUGGGGUGGUGCGGAACAGUGAGACAUUGUCUAGACUGUCCUGUGCAUUCAAGAAAGAAAAUCAGACCAGACUGGUGGUGUGUGAUCUAGGGAACCCAAUGAAAGGAGGCACUAAGAUAAUUGCUGGAUUGCGCUUCAGCGUGCAUCAACUCUCUGAACAGGACACAGAAGUCAAGUUUGACUUGCAGAUACAAAGCUCUAAUCAGUUCAAUAACACCAGUAAUUUGGUCUCCAUCGUCACAAAGCUUGCUGUGCUGGCCAAUGUGGAACUACGAGGGGUGUCUGCUCCAGAGCAGGUGUUUUUACCCAUCGCUAACUGGGAGCCAAAAGCGCAUCCUGUUUUGGAGGAUGACAUUGGACCUCUUGUUCAGCACAUCUAUGAGCUACGGAAUAAAGGACCCAGUACAUUCAGUAAGGCCAUUUUGGAUGUGCAGUGGCCCUACAGAUUCAACAACGGCUCUCUGCUCUACAUCACCAAGUUUGAAGUGGAUGGAAACAUGAAUUGCACCUCAAACAGGGAGAUCAACCCUCUUAAUGUCACUCAUCCCAGAAUACUUGACAAAAAUGAGACUUCCGCCAGUGGAGACAGGGCUGAGGAUAGGAACCGACACAAUAUCCACCGCAGAGAUUUGGAGGACAAACAAGGCGAGGAGAACUUUGAGAAACUGGAUUGCAGGACUGCAGAGUGUCAGGAGAUAAAGUGUUGGGUUGGACGUCUGGAGAAAGGCCAGAGUGCCAUUCUAUUUAUUUACUCCAGACUCACCGUGAGCACAUUUCUCAAGGCUGAGAGUCAAAACAAAUCAUACACUGUUCAAUCCUCUGCCUCCUUCAGUGUCGUAGAGAUGCCUUAUAAAAAUUUGAAUUCUGAGUUCCCAACCAGCAAAACAUUAGCCUCUUUGAAGGUGAUCUGGGUAAAUUCAGAGCUCACUCAGCCUGUUCCUGGUUGGGUGGUGGCUUUGGCAGUACUGGCUGGACUUCUGCUCCUGGCUCUGCUCAUCUUCGUAAUGUACAAGCUGGGCUUCUUUAAACGUGUGCGGCCGCCCCAGGACGAUAGCACAGAAAAAGAGCAGCUACAGCCUCAGGAGAACGGAGACAGAAACACUGAAGCCUAAGAUCUUAAUUUUACCAGUAUAUCACAGUGCCAGCACAAUAAUGCACAUCUGCAGGAGUAUGCCAGACUCACAGGCUAAGAGCACUAAUGCACUGAUGCUGAUGAGAAUGCAGUACAUCCAUUAGAACACUUUGACCUUUGCCACUCACUUCCUUAAAACUUUGACAUCCUGACAGCCCUGAUGGGUGAGGUGGCUGUUGUCACUGGAAUGGUACACACAGCUGUGGUGGUUUUGAAUAAUGUGAUGUUGUGUUAAUAAGACUAAAGCCCUGUGCCAACCCCUUUUCCUCUGUAGCUUUUCUUUCACUGCACUGAGACAAGAUUUGCUUUUAACAGUGGGGCUUAGAGAUUAAUACAUUUAAAUCUUUGUUUACAAAUAAUAAUAUAAUACUAAUGGUAAUGAAAUUGAUAUUUUUUAAAUGUCUUAACUUCUCAUGUGAUUACAUUUCAUUUUGAGGUAAAGUAUGUAACAAUAAUGGUACAUUGUUAAAUUGCUGGGUCUUGGUCUUCUGUGGAAGAAUCUUUUAUUUUGUAUUAGUUAGGACUUUCAGUUCUCGUUUUCUUUGCAGUUGUUUCACUUUGUUUCUGCAGUUGGUGUAAGGACUCUGUUUGUCUACUGUAAACUUUGUUUCAAAGCAAAGGCUUUGAUUAGUUAGAUGUGUAUCAUGAAAAAGCAAUCAACAUCUUUGCACAAUAGAGCAAAAUACUGAAACCACAUUUACAGUUUUUUUUGUUCACCUUUUAUUUUUAAGAUUCCCUUUGGUCACAAUCCUAAUCUAAGAGAAAGACAUUUUUUCAUAAUUAAAACCUACCUUGUUCUGAAAGAUCUAUUUUACCCAAACACAUGUCAGUUAGUAAUAAAAUGCUGAUGUUCAGUUUGAUUGUGGACUAAAUGUGAUUUUCCAGAAUUUAAUUCUGCAGUCAUAUUAAUUGACCAAAAGUGAACAAAAGAGUUUGACAAUGUAAAAAAUAUAUUUUGUAAUUUUACAAAUCUGGAAUGAGGUUGGAAUCCUUGGGAACAAUAUUGGCACUAUUGAACAUUUUUCUUUUUUGCAGUUCUUAAAAAUAUAUUUUUUGACUGAUGUUUAUUUGAUUGUCUGGCUUAAAGGGUGCUGUUCAUAAUUAAUGGUCUUCAUUUUAACUGCAGAUAUACUACAAUAUACAACCCACAUACUGAAAACAUAACCUGGAUUGAUGUUGCUGUAUUAUAGUAAUGCUGCUGCCCAUAUACAUUUUCUCAUAUCGGGUUGCCACAAUUAUGUUGUCUAAAUGAAAAUUUGUAUACAUUUAUAAUUCAAAAUCAUUAAUUUUGCACAAAUAAAUGACCCAGAAUAGUGUUUUUUUUUUUUUUUCAAAUAAACAAUAUUUUUGGUUAAAAAAUUAAUAAAAAUAUAACAUAUUCAUUGUAACAUAAACGUGUAAAAGAAAUCCAUCACUGCCUCUUUAUUUUUGCCUAGUCCCAUUUUCCUUAAUUCAACCAUAAGUUGUUAAAGCUUCCAUAAUUCAAAUAAAGAAAUAUACGGAAGUA